AGUGCUGACAGGUGAAAAAUAGAUUUAAAUAAAUUGAAUAUUGAAUACCUCAAGAAUAUGUCCUUUCUUAUUAUUUACAGAAAAUGUCUAAACAAAUAGGUGCAAAGAAAAAGCGGGUACAGUACUCGACAGAAAAUAUGGCUGCAGCUAUCAAUGUAGUUCGCAGUGGCAGUAUGUCAAAAAAACAAGCUUCGCGGGUAUAUCAAGUACCACGAACAACUUUAAAUGAUAAAUUAUCUGGCCGUGUACCAGAAAACCCCACACCUCCAGGUCCAUCUCCUGUUCUAACAAAACAGGAAGAAUCUGUGCUGGUCAAUUACAUUGAUCUUAUGCAUGACAUUGGCUAUCCAUUGACCAAAACAGAGUUCCUCCUCGAAGUUAAGCGUAUUAUGGAUAUUGAUGGACGCCCCAAUCCAUUCCCCAAUAACCUGCCAGGAAAAGACUGGUAUUCAGCUUUCCGUAAAAGAAAUCCCUCCAUAACAACAAGGGUUCCGCAGUCUUUAGGACAUGAGAGGGCAGCGAUUACAGAAGGGAUGAUAACAAACUGGUAUAAAAAACUUUAUGAGUUUCUUUCACAGGAGGUACCAGAUUAUGAAGAUUUAGUCAAAGAUCCUCGGCGGAUUUUUAAUGCGGAUGAAAGUGGAUUUCCACUGUGUGUGAAGUCCGACAAAGUCCUGGCCCCUGUAGGUUCGAAACAUAUCUACCAAGUUGUUGUAAGUGAUAAAACUCAAAUUACUGUUAUGGCCUGUAUGAAUGCCGUUGGCAACUAUAUGCCACCUAUGAUACUGUAUCCAGGAGAACGCUUCAGAGACGUUGGUAUUGCGAAAUUCCCAGAGGCAAUUUUUGCACACACACCAAAUGGAUGGAUGGAUACUGAUUGUUUUGUGGAAUUUUUAAAACAUUUAAAACAAUUUGUUUCUAAAUCGAACAUAGCUUCACCCAUACUUUUGAUUGUUGAUGGCCACUCUACACACAUUUCCCUGGCAGCUUCAAAAUUCUGCAGGGAGAAUGGAAUUGUGUUGUACUGUCUUUUGCCAAAUGCCACCCAUAUCCUACAAGCUUGCGAUGUAGGGCUGUUCUCGCCGAUGAAGGCUGCUUGGACAAAGCAUGUUAAACAGUGGCAAAUGCAACACAUAGGAGAAGUCCUGACCAAAAGAAUGUUUCCGGAAGUCUUUCGGGGUACUUGGUACCAAGUUGCAACAUUUGCUAAUGCAUGGAAGGGGUUUCAGAAAUCAGGCCUUUUCCCUUUAUCAAGUGAUGGUAUUGACAGAACAAAGCUGGCUCCUUCAAAGUGUUUUAGCGGAGAAGAAGCAACUACACAAGACAUGGAGGAGACCAACUCAACCAUGGAUCCUUCCGGAGAUGCCUCCAUUGUUCCAGCCAAUCAGUCAGUGGAAACAGUUACCUUUUCUGCUCCCACUGAUCCUUCCGUGGAAAUCUCAUCUGCUCCCGUCAAAUCCUCCGGAGAAACCUCAUCUACUCCUGUCAAAUCUUCCAGAGAAACCCCAUCUGCCCCUACUUCCAAUCCUUCCAGGGAAAUAUCAUUUGCUCCGACCCUUCCUUUCGUGGAAACCUCUGCUGCUCCUUCCAGGGAAACCUCAUCAGCUUACUUAACAGCUCCUUCCGUAGAAAAUUCAUCUACUACUUCCACCCAUCAUUUCAAGGAAAUCUCCUCAGUCCCCACCAUAGAGUCUGUGUCCAUUAACUCCCAAAAUUCAGAAGUGUUUACAUGCAGUGACCCGAGUCCCAUGAACCUUUAUCCUACAGUCGCUAUCCUUCAACCUCCUCAAACCCAAGUGUCUGCAGCAAAUGUCUCGUCUGCAUUUGAUCACCUUAGAGUUCCUGAAAUAAAAAAGAAAGUGAAAAGGAACAAUAAUAUUAGAGAAAAACUUCCAAAAGCCUUAUCAGGUGUAGAGGCUAUUGCCCUCUUAGAGGAGCGAGAAAAGAAAAGAAUUGAAAAUGAGGAGCUAAAAAUAGUACGAAAAGAGGAGAGAGAAAAGAAGAAAUUAGAGAGAGAGAAUGAGAGGCAGAGAAAGAAGGAAGAGAGGGAAAGAAAAAGGCAAGAAAGAGCUGAUCAGAAGAUCAAGAAAAUGGAAGAGCGAAAGAGAACAAAAAAGAGGUCUAGAGACAGUAGUGAGAGUGACUAUGAAGGAAGUGAGAAGGAAAACAUUCCUUUUAUGGACACCAGUUCGGAAGACAAUGGUAUUUGUUUUAUGUGUGGAAAAAUGGGUGGUCGUGCGAAUGAAUGGGUGGGGUGUGAAAAAUGUCCGAACUGGUGCCAUAUCAAAUGCACUGGUGAAGAAAGAUUAAUUAAUAUUUCAUCUCUUCAGGAAAUUCAGAAGUUCCCAUUUGUUUGCCAAGAAUGUUUUAAGGAAUACGUGUUUGGAUAUCUUGGCAAUGUAUUGCCUUGUGUAGAAUAA